UUCAUUGAACGUAAAGUCGCGGUAAUGUCGAUUUGCUUUGGCAGCGCGUAGCUGAAAAUUUCCAAAAACAAAAUUUAAAAUUUGCUUAAAUAUGUUAACAGAAUACGCUGGAAAUCUAUCGCAUCCUUUGGAAUUCGGCCAUGUGGUGGAGAUUGUGGCCAAGACAAUCGAUGGAGCUGCCAGAUUCCACAUCAAUCUGUGUACGGCGAAGACAUCGCUGAAUCCCGAUGCGGAUAUUGGACUGCGCUUCUCAUGCUACUUUCGCAACGAUCUGAUUGUGCGCAAUGCGCGCAUUCAUGGCGUUUGGGGCGAGGAGGAAUCCCAGGUGAUGGAUCCUAUUAGUUUGCCCAAUCCCAUUGUCAGUGGCGAGUUCUUUAUGGUCUACUUCUUGGCUUGCGAGGAUUGCUUCCACAUCUCGAUCAACAGUCGCACAUUUUGCACAUUCCGCUAUCGUUUGCCCUUGGGCGCCAUACGCGCCUUGGAAAUAUACGAUCAAGUACAGGUGAUCAAACAGGUCGAUCAUCGCACCAUAUUCCCCAAUCCCUGGCCAGCAAUCCAAGCGUCCGACUACUUCAAAUCAUUUAGCAAUGAUCAGCCAAUACUCUUCAGUCCUGGGCAUGUGAUUGUGAUCACAGCGCGUUGUUUUGAGAAUAAGCGCGGCCAGUUCAUCAUCAAGUUCAUGGACUCGGACACGAAGCGCGAGGAGCUCCAUUUCAGCGUGCGUUUCGACGAGAAAUGCGUGGUGCGCAACAGCAUGAACAAGAACUUUGACUUCGGUCAGGAGGAGCGUCAUGGGGGUUUCCCCUUUGUCUUCAAUCAGCAAUUCAAAUUGGCCUUGGCUUUUACGGAACGCGAAGUCUUGACCGCUGUGGAUGGCUACAACUUCUUUAGCUAUGUCUGGCGGAGUCCCAAUGCCAUGAUGAAUCUGGUGGGCUUUAAGGUAACUGCGAUCAAUGGUCUCGUUGUGCAGAUCACUGGCGUCGAUCAUUUGCAGACUGGCGAUCCAAGCUGCGCUGGAUUCGAAAAGUAUUCGCGACACGACUACGAAUGUGCCUAGCUUAAGUUAUGUUAAAGUUGUGCAUAAAGAAUGAAGUCUGAA